GGUUUUAGCAAAAGUGAGUGAAACUCUACUCACUUUUGAGUAACAUUGAGCGAGCGUGUAUAUGAAUUUUUAUUUCAGUGUAAAACAAUGUAAUUCUCCCGUGUAUGUAUUGUUCUUCAGUUUGACUUUCAUUUCUAAUAAAACGCUCAUGUUUGUAAUGUGAAAGUUAUUAUAUUAUUAACAUCAUGGAAUCCAGCACGGAGACGUUGAACGAUAGCAUGGUAGAUGUAAUAGAACGUGCUGAAGCUUUCUUAUCCGCCUUUUCAAACAUUCUGACUCAAAGUGAAAGAUCACAAAAUAAUUCAACACAUGAUUUAUUUGAGUCCUCUGUGGAGGGUGAAUCAUUCAUUGCAGCUGCCAAUACGUCUGAUACGAACUCUAGCUCUCUUUCUAAUGAUAUAAGUCUAAGCAGCGAACGAUUAAUUUCCGAGCAACCUGGAACUAAUGAUCUGGCUAUAUAUGUAUCAAAUCCAAAUACUGCUCUUUCAGAAGAAAUCGAAGUUCUGAGUGAUAUCUCUGAAAAUUCAGAUGGAACCAUCUCGUAUGAAAUAGAGUUACCAGAAGCUCGUUUUAUAUCAUCACAAAUAAGUUUAGAAACCGACGAUUGUAUUAUUGUACCGCAAGAGAUUCCUACUAUUGACUUGUGUACAUCUUCCUAUGGGAUGGAUGUAGAUGUUUUUUCGAGACGAAAUCGGAGAAGAUUGGGCUCUUCAGUUCCUGUUGUUGAAUCAAUCACACUAGAUGAUACAGUUAUUGACACACAAGUUCCACUAGGAGCAGCUGGCUCUAACCUGUUUUCAAAUGGUAAUGAAAUUGCUACAAAACAGAUUUCUUCAGAAAUUGACUUAAAUUCGACACGUUCGUCGGAUGCUGGAUUGCCGUGCGCUGUCAAUUGCCCGAUAUGCUUCGAUCCAAUAUAUAAGAAAGGUGCUUCAUCAACAAUUUGCGGCCAUUUGUUUUGUCAUACCUGUAUUAAUCACGAAAUCAAGCUACGCAAAAUGUGUCCCCUUUGCAAACGUAAAUUAAUGCGGUCUCAAGUCCAUCGUAUAUACUUCAAUUGAUCAUUAGAUUUGUGAUAUUUUAAAUAUAGGUUUUAUAAAAUA